UCAAUGCCGAUAUUGAAGAAAGGCCUGCAUUAGUAAAUAGACUGUGUUUUGUUGAAAUUCCUUAUCAAUAACGAUUUUCAAGUGCAAAAGUUCAGUUUGCAAUUCACUUCAAAAUGCAGCUUCUGUCCGUGUGCAGUAAUUUCAAUCGUGUAUUAGCAAGAGGCUGGAGCAAAAAUGUACAAAUUCGAUCGUAUUCCGUGGUAGCUGCUGGCAAAACCAUUCCAACAACAACCACAAAGCAAAAAGAAAAAUUGAAAAUUGGCACCACAUACCAUGGAUUCAAUUGUGUUGAAUCAAAAUUCUAUCCAGAAUAUAACAUGACCGCAUAUUCAUUGACCCACGAGAAAUUGCGCACCAAAUUCUUGCACGUCGAUCGAAAUGAUAAUAACAAUUUAUUCUCGAUAAAUUUCCGAACACCGAUUUACGAUUCGACUGGAUUACCGCACAUUUUAGAGCAUUUAGCACUGUGCGGUUCAAAACGGUAUCCGGUGCGUGAUCCAUUCUUUAAAAUGAUAAAUCGCUCGUUGGCCACUUUUAUGAAUGCAAUGACCGGACCAGAUUAUACUCUCUAUCCAUUUUCAACGACAAACGAAAAGGAUUUCCGUAAUCUACAGAAAAUCUACUUGGACGCCGUCUUCAAUCCGAAUUUACGGUAUAUUGAUUUUUUGCAAGAAGGAUGGCGCUUGGAAAAUAGUGAUCUGAACGAUAUUAAAUCGGAUAUCAACUUCAAGGGUGUUGUAUUUAAUGAAAUGAAAGGUGCAUUUGCAACGAAUAAUGCAAUUAUGGGCUAUGCCAUCAUGAAUAAUUUAUUGCCAAACACAACAUAUAGUCAUAUUUCCGGUGGUUGGCCGGUUGACAUUCCGAAAUUAACUUGGGAAAACUUGAUCGAAUUUCAUCGGAAACAUUACCACCCAAGUAACGCUCGUGUGUUCAGCUAUGGUAAUUUUGAUGUGUUACCGUCAUUGAAAUACUUGAACGAAGAAUAUUUUGCUGGUUAUGAACCAUUGGAUGCAUCAUUUAGUAAAGUCGCACCGCAAGAACGUUGGUCGGAGCCACAAGAAAAAGAGGUUACCUGCCGUUUUGAUACAAUCGGCGCACCCAUUGAACGACAGUGCCAAAUGGCAAUUGGGUAUGUGUUGGCCGACAUCAAAGAUUCCUAUGAAAUUCUAUUGUUAAACGUAUUGGGUGAGUUAUUGGUGAAGGGACCCAAUUCAUCAUUCUACAAAACAUUGAUUGAACCAAAUGUAAUUGCUGGCGCUUCAUUUGGCGAUUCAACGGGAUUCGAUGCACAACUUAAAAAUACAACAUUUGUAGUCGCGCUGCAGAAUAUUAACGCAAAAGAUUUCGACUUGGUUGAAAAGGUGUUUGAUCAAACCGUUGACGGGGUUAUUCAAAACGGUUUUGAUAAGGAUCAUGUACAAAGCAUAAUAAAUUCCAUUGAGCUGGGCAUUAAACAUCAAACUUCCAACUUUGGUUUGCAUUUGCUAUUCGGUUUGACUGCGUCGUGGAAUCAUGAUAGUGACAUUCUCAAUGCAUUGGAUAUUGGAAAGCAUUUUGAGAAUUUGAAACGUGAUUUGGCCGACGAUGGAUUCCUGCAACGCAAAGUAAAAGAAUAUUUUAAAGACAAUAAACAUCGUUUGACCGUGAAAAUGCGCCCAGAUGAAACUUACGAUGAUAAAUUGAAAAAAUCGGAAGAUGAAUUGUUGACGGAAAAAGUUUCAAAACUCACCGAAGCGGAUCGCGAGCAAUUAUUCCAAAUAACAAAUGAAUUGGCCAAAGAACAAAAAGAGAUACCAAGCAAUACCCAUUUGCUGCCAUGUUUAACGAUGAAUGAUGUAUCAAAAGAUGUUGAAGAAUUGAAUAUUCAGCAUGUCAAAUUGAAUAAGAUUCCGACUCAGCUGACACUUGUCGAUACCAAUGGCAUUGUUUAUGCACGUGGCGUUUGUCAUGCGGAUCAUUUGUCACACGAGGAAAUUCUGUUGUUGCCAUUGUUAACACAAGUCUUUGCAAAAAUGGGCACCAAAUCUUAUGACUAUCGUGAACUCGAUAAAAUGAUCAAUUUAAAAACAUCGGGCAUUUCAUUCAAUCUUAAUUUUGUCGAUAAUAUUUCGGAUGUAAACAAAUAUGAAGUUGGUGUACAAUUUGGAUCAUACUGUUUGCAUGAAAACACCGGCGACAUGUUAAAUUUGAUAAAAGAACUUUUGUUGAAUUUCCAAUUGAUUGAUGUGCAACGAUUCACUGUGUUGCUCGAAGAAUACAUUGCAUCAUUAACAGCUGAUAUCGCACAAACUGGUCAUAUGUAUGCAGUUCAAGGUGCCACCUCAUUAAUCACCGAAGCGCUGCAAUUGAAAGCGCAGCUCAAUGGAAUUCGGCACAUCGAAUACAUGAAAAAAUUAAGCGCCGACAAAAAACCUGACGAAAUUCUAGCCCAACUCCAACAAACAGCGCAGCGAUUAUUUAGCCAAUGUACCAUGAAAUAUGCAUUGAAUGUAUCUGAAUGGCAUAAGGCGGAUGUAAUGAAAGAAUUUAAUCAAUUUACCAACGACAUCAAGACAUGCAUUGAUCCGAAUCGCAUCAGAGCGCCAAAGGAAAUCGAAUCGAAACAACUACGCCGAAAUGCGGAUUCAAUUACUGCAUUGCAUCACGUUGUUAAUUUACCAGUAAACUAUUGCUCAAAGGCCAUUUUAACCGUUCCGUAUACAAGUAACAAGUAUGCAUCGUUGCAAGUGCUAUCGAGAAUAUUAACAUCAAAAUAUUUAUUGCCGGUGGUGCGUGAACAAAACGGUGCAUAUGGUGCUGGCGCCAAAUUAGACAUGAACGGAACAUUCUGUUUCUAUAGCUAUCGUGAUCCACGAAGCAAUGAAACACUUGAUGUCUUUGAUAAUGCUGUCAAUUGGCUGCGUGAAAAUUGGAAAACAAUCGACGAACAAGCGAUAUUCGAGGCGAAAUUAUCGGUAUUGCAGGGAAUUGAUAAGCCAAUUGCGGCCGGUCACAAAGGUAUGGCUGAAUUUAAUUAUGGCAUUACAACCGAAAUAUUCAGCCGACAUCGCAAUCGAAUUAUCAAUACAAAUAAGCAAAAAUUGGAAAAAGUGUUUGAGUCACAUUUAAAUACCAAUGAAAGUGAAUUCAGUUGUUCGGGAAAAUGUGUUUUGGGACCGGCCAAUGAGAAUUUACAAAAAGAUGGAAACAAAUGGGAAAUAAAUGAUUUUUCGUCUAGCGAAUAAAUUUUAUCAGUUUUUUUAAAUUCAAAUUUAGUUGUUAUAAUAAAUAAAUUGAGUUCCUAAAAGGAAUAAGAAUUUAA